AUGGUGGUGGAUGGGAGAAGAUCUGUAGAUCGUUUUAUCCGGCUUAAAGGGACACUAUCAAUCAGAAACCCUGAAAAUAACCACGACCACAAUUUUCCCAUCUCUCACGAGACAAUCACGAUGCGUGGACCACCUCUGGGUCAAACAGCAAUAUACGAUGUUCCCUCCAUUGGUGCGGUGCAAAAUAUGCUUCGCCUCCUCACACCAUAUCUUCAUUACAUCAACAGUCUCACUAGCUUUCCAUCCAGAAACUCACGAUUCUACAAUGUGUUCUCUCUGACAGGCGGAUUUUCCAACCUUGUUCUUCUCAGAUUCAAUGUGUCUUAUCAGGGUCUCGGCAACCUUCUGAUCGAGACCACGAUUCAGCGCUCCAUCUCCGAUCCCGAUUACUUCGAAGGAAAUAUGAAUGUAGAGGUAAAGACUGGGAAGUCAUUCAAGGUGCCGAGGGAGACCUACGUGGAAAGGCAGUUUGGCGAUGGAACAAUUGACUACUCCAAAAUUGCACGAGGUGUUCUGCGAUUCAGACGGAAACAUAUGAAGCUCGCUGCAAUAAAUAGGCAAUCGUCCAAGGUAUUGCGAGUUAGCAUAGUCGGAACGGGCUACGUGACAGUGGACGAAGCAGCAUGUCUGCUGCAGAACGGUUCACUAGUGGAGGAAGCUAAGGAUGGCUUCAGUGUGCUACUCAAUCCAAAGGGCUACUGCAACACGGCUUGCCCCCACAGCAGCACCUUCUGCACCAUCUACUGUCUCGACUAUCCUGUUCUCGAGUCUCGACAGGCUUGUGAGUAUAAAACUAUAUCGCAUCCUUGCGUACCACGCUUCUUUAAUCUAUCGAAUUUAGGCUUUGUAUAUUUCAAGUAG